AUGAUCAACUUCCUUAUCUUCUCAGUGUACAUCCCACCACUGGAUGCGCACCAAGCCGCUAGCACGACCGCUGCUGAACCGAUACUAGCGGAGAUUAAAAACACCAUUGAAGAGUAUACCAAGGAGCCCAAUAAGACCACAAGGCUUAUUCUAGCUGGAGACUUCAAUCGACAUCACCCGGCAUGGAGCCACCGCCCCGUUAGCCAUGUUUUUACAUCUCAAGCGGAAGAGUUAAUAAACUUCUUCCAGACAUACAAACUCCAAUGGUGCCUACCCCCAGGCACGCCAACAUACUGGUCACCAAGCCUCCCAGGGAAGGCAUCAGUCCUCGAUCUGACGCUCACCAAUGACCCUGCAAAACUUAUGAAAUGCCAACUCUAUCGGGACAACUACGGUUCAGACCAUCGCGGAACAUACUCCGAAUGGGACCUACGACCAGAACGCAACGAAAACCCAAAACCAAAGAGAGCAUAUGACAGAGCGGAUUGGGAUAAAAUCGGCUCAGCCUUGCUGGAACUACUUGGUCAAGGACCUGAGAUAAGCUCCGCCGCAGACCUCGACUAUGAAGUUAACCGACUAGUUGAAGCAACAACGACAGUCCUUGAUCAACAGGUGCCUCUACAGAAGCCAUCCCCCUACUCGAAACGAUGGUUCACCCCAGAGCUCAAAUCCCAACAGGUUAUAGUAAACCAAGUUCAUAGAAGAUGGCAGAGCAGCUGUGCUACCCUAGGCAGCAGCCACCCAAUUACCACAUCCCUCUUCAACGACAUGCGUCAUAAACGACGAGAAUGGACUAGAACCAUCGAGAAGGUCAAAGCCGCCCAUUGGAAGGAGUUCCUAGACAAGGCCCAAGAAGGCCACCUCUGGAAAGCAGCAACAUACAUGCGCCCACGAGACCCCUAUACAAAUAUCCCGCCACUAAAAGUGGGAUCCGAAGAAAUCACCGAAAACGACGCAAAGGCCAGAGUGCUCCUAGAAACCUUCUUCCCGAAGAUGGCAGACCCAGAAAUAGAAGACCCAGUACCACCCUCAGAGGGAAUACCAUGGUACCCAAUCACCGAACUGGAGGUACAUCGGUCACUCAAAGCCGCUAAGGGAACGACGGCCCUGGGGAAGGAUGGGAUCAUAACCCUUGUCUGGAAACAUCUAUGGCCAUAUCUCCAGAAGAUGAUCACGUACAUCUUUUCAAGAUCAGUAGAAUUAGGCCACUAUCCUCACCAGUGGAAGCAAGCGAGAAUCAUAGUGCUGAGGAAACCCGGGAAGCCAGACUAUGGUGUACCAGAAGCAUACCGACCUAUUUCUCUACUGAAUACCCUAGGGAAGAUACUAGAAGCCGUCAUGGCUCGCAGACUGUCAUUCUGGGCUGAGUCCUAUAAACUACUUCCAGACACCCAGUUUGGAGGCCGGCCAGGACGAAACACAGAACAAGCGCUCCUAACCCUGGCAAACGCGAUUGAUCGCGCAUGGCUACGGUCAAAGGUGAUCACGCUGGUGGCAUUUGAUCUCACAGGAGCAUUCAAUGGAGUGAAUGAUUCAAGCCUUGACGCCCGCCUACAGGCCAAAGGCAUCCCAACCGUAGCCAGGCGCUGGAUCCGGAGCUUCAUGGAGAACAGGUACGCCGGCAUCUCCUUCGAUGAUUUUCAGACGGAGAUCUCCCCGCUCGAGCAUGCUGGUCUGGCACAGGGAUCCCCGCUGUCCUCAAUCUUAUUUAGAUUUUUCAACUCCGACCUGGUCGACCAGCCAGUCGACCACCAUGGCGGCGCGUCAGCGUUUAUUGAUGACUAUUUUCGAUGGCGAGCCGGUCAGAAGAGGAUAUCCCCCGCAUCGAGGCAUGGGCCUGACGAACGGGAUCCUCAUUUAACACAGCACGGGGUAGGACAGAUCAUAAUAAAUGGGACGGUAAUCAAGCCAAGCGAUACAGUAAAGCUUCUAGGCGUGAUCUUUGACAAGGAGAUGCGGUGGAAGGAACAUGUGCAGCAAGCAGUCAAGCGAGCAACCCAGGUGAAUAUCGCCCUGGGGGGACUGAGACACCUCCGCCCAGAGCAGAUGAGACAAAUCUACCAAGCAUGCGUGACACCAAUCGUGGAUUAUGCAUCCACCGUCUGGCACAACCCACUAAAGGAUAAGAUACACCUGAGAACACUGGGAACUGUACAACGAACCGCCCUUAUUCGCAUUCUCUCUGCCUUCAAGACGGCGUCCACGGCAGCCCUAGAGGUGGAAGCCUAUGUGCUUCCAACCAAUUUACGACUUAAACAACGUGCCCAAAUAGUGGCUGCCCGCCUCAGCACCCUUCCAGAGGAUCACCCAGGCCAUACAGUAGUGACCCGAGCAGUAACGCGGAGCAACCAUAUAGGAAGUGGACCUCGAUUUCCUCUAGCAGAGACCCUGCGGAUAAUGAACCUCACUCGACUCCAGGCUCUGGAGACAAUUGAUCCAACACCCCCACCACCGUGGCAGACACUAGCAUUUAUAGAAAUCGACAUUGAAGCAGACCACGACAAAGCUAAAGAGAAAGCAUCUGCUAGACAAAAAGCAGCCGGUAUCACAGUCUUCUCGGAUGCAUCAGGCCAACAGAAUGUUCUAGGAGCUGCAGCGCACAUCAUCCAACACCGGAAAGUCUGUAUUGGCUCCAUGGAAUACUGGUCAGUAUAUACAGCUGAGCUCAUGGCAAUAUAUUAUGCUAUCAGCCUUGUCCUUAAGAUCGCGUUAGAAAACUGGGACACCACAGCAAGCCAACAGGAACCAGCAACUAUCCUCAGUGAUAGCAUGUCAGCAUUACAGGCUAUCUCGAAUGCACGGAACAAGUCGGGCCAGAGGAUUAUUCAAGCGGUUCGGCAAUCAGCUCGGGAGUUAAAAGCACGGGGAAUUCCGCUCCGACUCCAAUGGGUACCAGGACACUAUAGUGACCUGGGAAACGAGGCGGCCGAUCGACUGGCUAAAGAAGCAGUUGGCCUAGAUAAAGAACAUCCCUUCCAACAUCUUCUCUCACGAGAAAAAGGUUUCAUCCGCAACCGAAUCCAAGAAGAAUGGGAACGGGGAUGGAAGACGUCCAAGAACGGUGGCCACCUUUGGCGGAUAGAUAGAAAUCUACCCGCAGUUCGUACCUGGAGAAUGUAUGGCUCGCUACCACGCAAUCGAGCCUACCUGCUCACCCAACUCCGAACCAGCCACUCAUGGCUAGCAACACAUGGCAAACUACAUGGCCAUAGAGAGGAUGACAAGUGUGAAUGUGGAGCGAUAGAAACAGUGGUUCACGUCCUGAUUCACUGUCCCAAAUUGAAGACCAUACGACAAGAACUACGGAAGAAGAUCGGGACUGCAUUUAACAAUAUCUCGGACAUGCUGGGAGGAGGAUCUCAAGGUAAGCAAGGUAAGGAGGGUGAUAUGCAAGGCGGUAGCAUCUUAGGUGCAGUACUCGACUUUGCAGAGGCAUCACAGAGGUUUCAAAGCCGGGCGCCGUAG